GUGUGAAAAAAGACGACGCCUUCUGGUCUGCGGGACUGAGACCAGACCUUGCAGAGAGGCCGAGGUUUGCGUUCCUGCGAGAAAGGUCCCAGGUGUCCCCGGAGUGGCAGGGCGUGGCUGGCCAAUGAGGACUACAUCUCCCAUUAGGCCACGCGCACUAUAAGAUGCCUCCUCAGGUGGCGCUGGAGCAUUGUGGGAUUGGAUGAGUCUCAAGAUGGACAACCGGGAUGUUGCAGGAAAGGCUAACCGGUGGUUUGGGGUUGCUCCUCCCAAGUCUGGAAAAAUGAACAUGAACAUCCUUCAUCAGGAAGAACUCAUUGCUCAGAAGAAACGGGAAAUUGAAGCCAGAAUGGAGCAGAAAGCCAAGCAGAAUCAGGUGUCCAGCCCUCAGCCCCCGCAUCCUGGCGAAAUUGCAAACACACACAACUCUUCCGCUUCCAACAAGUUUGCCAAUGACGGCAGCUUCUUGCAGCAGUUUCUGAAGUUGCAGAAGGCGCAGACUAGCACAGAUGCUCCCCCCAGCGUGCCCAGCGCCCCGCCUCGAGUACUCCCCCGUGCUGGGAAGAGGCCUCCCCUCAUCAGCAGCCCACUGAGCCAGGUGAAGAACUAUGUGCACGCUAAGCAGCUGCCCCUGGCCAGCCGCCCUAGUGUCUUCCAAUCUCCCGAUGAGGAUGAAGAGGAGGACUAUGAGCAGUGGCUGGAGAUCAAAGUUUCACCCCCAGAGGGAGUCGAGACUCGGAAAGUGAUAGAGAAAUUGGCCCGCUUUGUGGCAGAAGGAGGCCCCGAGUUAGAAAAAGUAGCUAUGGAGAACUACAAGGAUAACCCAGCAUUUUCGUUUUUGCAUGAUAAGAAUAGCAGGGAAUUCCUCUACUACAGAAAGAAGGUGGCUGAGAUAAGGAAGGAAUCACAGAAGUUGCAGACAACCUCUCAGAAAGUUUCACCCCCAGAGGACGAAGAGGUCAAGAACCUUGCAGAAAAGUUGGCCAGGUUCAUAGCGGAUGGGGGUCCUGAGGUGGAAACCAUCGCCCUCCAAAACAAUCGUGAGAACCAGGCAUUCAGCUUUCUGUACGAACCCAGCAGCCAGGGGUACAAAUACUACCGCCAGAAACUGGAGGAGUUCCGGAAAGCAAGGGCAGGCCCGACAGGCACCCAAAUGGUGCCCGAGCUCUGCCCUCAGCGCAGACCGCCUCCUGAGAUCCUGUCCGGAUCUGUACCCCUCACUGCUGCUUGCCCCGCUUCAUCUGCCCCCUCACCUGCUAUCAGCCCAGCUCCAGCUCCAGCUGCCCAUGGAAAGCCAGCCACUACAGCCACUGUGAAGAGGAAGCGAAAGAGCCGAUGGGGGCCCGAGGAGGAAAAGGUGGAACUCCCACCCACCGAGCUGGUGCAGAGGGACGUGGAUGCCACCCCCUCACCCCUCUCAGUUCAGGACCUCAAGGGGCUAGGCUACGAGAAAGGGAAGCCCGUGGGUCUAGUAGGCGUCACAGAACUGUCAGAUGCCCAAAAGAAGCAGCUGAAGGAGCAACAGGAGAUGCAGCAGAUGUACGACAUGAUCAUGCAACACAAGCGAGCGAUGCAGGACAUGCAGCUGUUGUGGGAGAGGGCACUGCAGCAGCACCAGCAUGGCUACGACAGUGAUGAGGAGGUGGAUAGCGAGCUGGGCACCUGGGAGCACCAGCUGCGGCGCAUGGAGAUGGACAAGACUCGGGAGUGGGCUGAGCAGCUGACAAAGAUGGGCCGGGGGAAGCACUUCAUUGGAGAUUUUUUGCCACCUGAUGAGCUGGAGAAGUUCAUGGAGACCUUCAAAGCCUUAAAGGAAGGCCGUGAGCCUGACUACUCCGAGUACAAGGAAUUCAAGCUGACGGUGGAGAAUAUUGGCUACCAGAUGCUGAUGAAGAUGGGCUGGAAGGAGGGUGACGGUCUAGGCUCAGAGGGCCAGGGCAUCAAGAACCCAGUUAACAAGGGCACAACUACAGUGGAUGGCGCUGGCUUUGGCAUUGACCGGCCAGCAGAGCUUUCUAAGGAGGAUGACGAGUACGAGGCCUUCCGCAAGAGGAUGAUGCUGGCUUACCGCUUCCGGCCCAACCCUCUGAACAACCCCAGGCGGCCUUACUACUGAGUAUUCUGGAGAAACACACAAACAUACUUUCCAGACAACCAACCGAGCAUUCUUGGACUGUAGAAUGUUUUGGACUGCAUUUCUGCCCGCCCUUUCCGUUGUCUCAAGUGUCAUGCUGUGUAUUAAAGUCCCAAUGCUUGCCCACUGUGGGAGCCUGGUCGUGCCAUCACCAGAGACCCCUCGUGUUCCUCAGCAGCUGGGCUGGGCGGGGCAGGUGAGAAUGAGGUGCUGUGUGAAGGCUCCCCAGCACCUGAGGAAUCCAAGAGCACCACCGGGACCUUUGCUUGUUGGGUCUCCAUCCCUCAUCAGCCUGGGAUGGAGGAGAGAGGAGGGCCACACUUGGGCAGGCCCUGCCAACCUAGCACUGUGCUAUAGAAGGGAACUGGGGAGGGAUCUCCAGGCAGGGCCUAGCCUUCCCCAGGGCACACCUAUGCCACCCACCUCCCUGUCAAGUGAUAUUCCCUGCCAGUGAUGGCUGCAGCCCAUGCUGCCACAGCUGCACUGGGUCCCACCUGUGUGGUGUACACGUGUCCCUGGGGCUCAUGCCUUUGUGGGACAGCUGUGUGCUAAAAUGUCACACCUCCUAGAGCAGGGGUGGGGAACCUUUUUUCUGCCAAGGGCCAUUUGUAUAUUUAUAACAUCAUUCACAGGCCAUACAAAAUUAUCAACAGCCCGGCUGGUGUUGCUCAGUGGUUGAGCAUCAACCUAUGAACCAGGAGGUCAGGGUUCGAUUUCUGGUCAGGGUACGUGCCUGGGUUGUGGGCCAUCCCAGUAGGGGACGUGCAGGAGGCAGCUGAUCAAUGUUUCUCUUAUCAUUGAUAUUUCUAUCUCUCCCUAUCCCUCUCCCUCUCUCUAAAAUCAAUAAAAACAUAUUUUUUAA